UCAACUCGCUGUGCAUUUGACGCUGCCUGCAUGAGCAGGAUUACUCAGCCUGAACAUGGAGCCUAUAGCCUGAAUACAUGUGUGUAUGUAGCCUAUGUAUAUUCAGGCUGGUCUGAAAAGAGAGCUUUUGCACCUGUGUUCCUCGCCUUUGUCCUCCUUCGUAAAGUUUUUGCAGCUCUCGCGGAUCCUCGGGUUCAUCCACUUCGGCGGACCUGUUAUCACUGCAAAACCCAACACAUUUUAAGAUCGAUUGCGCAAGUGAUGGAAGCAGGGGGAUGUUGUGUAGUGAGCGCCGACUUUACACGGGUUAUAAUACUGGUGGCCUCGACUGUUGUUUUGGCAUUUUACAUGUGCUAGUUACUCGACCGAAGUCGUGAACGUUUGAGCUCACGGCUUCGCUGCAGUAGGGCUUCACGCACCUUCUUCCAAGGCUGUAAAACAAUGUGUUUUUACGGUCGCAAUUGCCGCCCAUAUGCAAAAAAGUACAUUCAGUCCCGUACUUGACUGCCAAACACAGGCGAGUUUAAGCGGACGGUAUGCUGCUGCAGAAGAAGUGCAGGACGCUUGUUGUGUUGCUCCGAAAUGAGUUUAUACGCGACGUCGUGCGUCUCGUUUGGCUUUUAAAUCGUUUCAUCGACGACGUCGAUUUCUCAAAUUACUCCGACUUCCUGCUUCAGUGCGGCCGUUUUGAUAGGCUAUGUUGGCAAUUAGUGUUUGGCACAUUCCUUACAGAGCUAGGCGGUAUGGAAAACGACCACCUUGGGACAUUACCAACAGCCAAGUUAAAGACGACAUUUAGGCUCUUGUUUAUUCUCUUAUUAAAAUGGCCAUUAAUUAUGCAUAAGAAAAUAUUAUAUGACUUUUUUUUAGGAAGUUACGAGAAGCAUAACAGUACAAAAGGAUAUAUUGUUUACAGUAGGCCUAAGACAAGGCUGCUGUUGAUCAGACCUAUGGUUCACCCUGGUCUGAAACUAUAAGUCGAUUAAUCGAUUAGCCUAGUCGAUCACCAGAAAAUGAAUCAGUUAUGGACUUGAUAAUUUGUUAAUUGUUUCAGUUAUUGCCAUAAUAAAUGUCAACUAUGCUCCAGUCUCAGAAGAUCAAAUGUCAAGAUUUGUGGCCUUUUUUUUUUUCAUCUUAUGUUAUACUGAACUGAUUUUUGAUUUUCAGCUGUCUCACUAGUUUCAGACAAUUUAUUCAUUAGAUGAUGAAUCAGUUCUUAAUUUAUUGACCAAUCAAGACAUGUUCUAUAUAAAGCAGUUACUCACUUGGUCUACAGAAUAUCAGAUUUUAAAAAAAAGUCCAUCACAAUUUCCUAAAGUCUAAUUUGAUGUCAUUAGAUGUUUUUUUUAUGGGGAAAAACAAAGAUACCCAGCUAACUGUCACAUAAAAGCAAAAUGUUAACAUUGAGAAGCUGGGACCACAGGAUGUUGUGGGAUUUUUGCUUGAAAAUGAAUGCAAAUGAUCAUUCAGUCAUCAUAACAUUUGCAGAUCAGUUUCAUGUUGACUCACUAAUUAAACAAUAAAAUGUACAGUAGUGAUUAUCCACAUCAAAAUUUUCUGCUUAAUAGUUUGUUGUGUGUGCUACUAAGUUACUGUCUGUACUGUUCUGUUCUAAAUUACACAGUUGCUGUCUGUGCACAGGCGUCACAGAUAAAGUUGUAGAAGCAUCAGACACACCUACAACAUGCAAAACUCCAUUGAGGAAUACCUCACAGAGGGCAGAUGGAAAGGCAGCGUACACUACAGAUGCAGAUUUUGGAUGGUAGAUUGAGUUGUGAAUAUCUGUGCUACUUUUAGUCGCUGGAUGCCACUCUCAUGUUUCCCCGCAUUUGCCAGACCCCUGUCUGUGUUCCGAUGAACCUGGUGCCAAGGCUUAUGUCUCCUGAUACUCAGGUCUUCUCCUCUUUAAGCCCUCGAGGCCGCUUCUCCAGGCUUUGAUGCCCACACUCUUUGACGCAGGUGGACAGACACAGGCAUGAGUAACAGUGGGACCAAAGAGCCGUCUCCCCAGCCGAGCACCGCCCAGUCACCUCCUGAGCCUCAGCGCAGGGGCAGGGGUCGGCCACGGAAACAGCAACAGGAACCUGUUGGACCACCAACUCCAAAGCGACCGAGAGGACGACCGAAAGGCAGCAAGAACAAAGGCCCGAGAACUGCACUGAAGAAAGUAGAGCCUGUUGGGGAGAGACGACCUCGUGGGCGACCUAGGAAAUGGCCCCAGAAAGUAGUUCAAGAAGUAACUAAAGAGCAGCAGGGCCCUUCAGAAGAGGCUGAGGAGGGUCCCUCAAGGCUUGAGCCCCCUACAUCUCAGGUUCCAGCGCAGGAGGAAGGGGAGUAGAUAGCAUACCUCUACCUACCUCAAGGUUUGGCCUCAAGCAAACAGGUUCAGUCGUUCAGUCUGACUCCUAUCUGUGAUGGGGAUUCAGGAGCACACAUGCAUGCAAACACACACACACACACACACACGUACAUAUACACACAUACAAACACAAAUAUCAUUGCGGACAGUGGUUUUUUUUCUCUCCGAUCCGAUACUGUACUCUGGUUUUGUUGGUUCACUCUAAGAGUUUGAUGAACAAACUCUGUUUUAACAGUGAAGAUCUUUAGACGUGGCUUUUUAAGGAAAUAGUUCUACAUAUUGGGAAACAUGCUAAUUCACUUUUCUUGCACAGAAUUAAAUGAGGAGAUUUACAACACUUACGCAUCUGUAUGGUAAAUAUUAAGGUACUGCCAGCAGUCGAUCAGUUUAGCUUAGCACAAAGACUUGAAAGAGGGAGAAGCAGCUAGUCUGGCUCUGUAUAAAAGUAGUAAUAUCUGCCUACGAGUACCUCUAUUACUCACUAACUUACAUGUUAUAUCUUGACGUUUAAUCUGUAACCAAACCAAAGUGUAAAAAUUGCAACUUGAUUUUACAGGGGUCAUGCUGAAUUUUAGAGGUGCUGACAGGUUGUUACCUUCGGACAAAGUUAGACUGCUAAGCUAAGAUAACCAGUUUUUGUGCUAUAAUUCUUGGCAAGAAAGCCAAGAAACAUGUUUCCUAAAAUGUCCAACAUUUUAACCUUAGCAGGAAAGCAGGAUUACUGCUUUCCUGAACCUCUCAGUGCGUGUGUGUGUGUGCGCGCGUGUGUGUGUGCAUGCGUGCGUGUGUGGAGAGGAGGCAGGGUUGCAAGCAAAAAUGAGGGGGGGGGUUAAGAAAAAAGGAACCAAACUAAACUGUUUUAUUGAAACAUGUUUCUAAAUCAAGUGUCAUGAAUCCUCAUAUGAAAUGGGAGCAAGACGGUGACAUUUUUAGCAAUGUUACAAUAUAAACAUGGUGCUCUGAAGUCAUAUUAUGACAGUAAAUGUGAAAGGUUUUGUUCCAAAAUGAAUUAUCCAAUUUGGGAGGGAAGAAGUGUCUUAUGUUCUUUGCUCAGAAUAAGAGAUGCAUAGGAUAGCUUACAUAUUAGUGUAAGCAAGAGUACAGUAUUGAGGUUAAUAACAUGAGUGAAAAUCUUUUUUUCCUUCCAACUAGCAGCUGUUUUAAGAAAAAAAAAAACAUACCCAAAGUUUUAAAUGGAGGUCUCAUUUUGGAUAGAAAUCCUUCACAUAUUCUUAAGUCAACAACAGUGUUGACAUGUCAUUUUACCACACUCAGGAUUUUGCUAUUACAGUGCUUUUACACCAUAUUGAAACCUCAGGUACAAUACUAUUCAGGAACAUAUUGUCAGUCUACUCAGUAAUAAUUAUUGUGCUGUGUUUGUUGUGCAUUUCUGAUCUGUAUUUGACAUUACCAGUAUGCCUUGACACAAAGACCUCAUUUAAACCUCAGUUGCCCUCAGUUUCUUAAUAUCUCAUUCUACCUCAGUAACACAAGAGACAGACGAUCGUUAUUCUCCACUCCCUAAGCAACAACGACAUACACAUUUACAGCACACACACACACACACCCACACACACACACACACACACACACGCACACGCACACAAACACGUUCACAUGCAGAUAUACAACACAGGCAGGCAAAGGGUUUUCAGGCCUACAAAAUAACACACAGACACAAACAAUACACUCCAGCAGAGGAUUCUACUAUCGGUGUACAAAUAAAAGUAUCGGUGUCAUUUCUUUAUUAAAAAUAAAUAAAUAAAUAAAAAACUGUAGGCCUGUUUGUUAAAAGCUGAAGUGAAACUUAUUUUGUUCUCCUGGGAAAUAAAAUGCAAACAAUAGUUUACAACAACUUGAUGAAAUACUUGCUUUUUAGGUUGUAGUUCCUUAUGAAAUACUUUUAUUUUUUUUGGGGGGGGGGUCGCUUACUCUUUUAUCAUUUUUACUACAUCAUGUAUUUUCUGAUUCUUACACUGUAAAAUGUAUGUGUGACACCUUUUUAAUUCAUGUGAGUUAAAAGAAAGGGCAGCAAAUAACCACACAGUGCUGAAAUACAUGACAGUUAUGGAAAACAACAAAACAUCACCAGCACCGUUUCAAAAAUUGCCAAAUUAAUUGAUUGUAAUUAAUGAAUACUAAGCACUGCAUGAGUAACUCUGUCUUUACUUGACCAAUUUUUGAGAGAGCAAAAAUGACUCAAGUUGUCCUUUUAGUUCCUGUUUGCUUGUUAAAAAUGAGAGUUUAACUUUUGGUGAACAAUGACAACUGUGGCCAUAAUUUGCAUAUGCAAUAAUAUAGUUAUAGAUUAUGUAUUACAGAAGCGCUCAGUAACAUUGUUUAUGAGUUAACUAAAAUUUGAUAAUAGACUAAUAAUAGAUUAUUAGUCAUACCAGACCAUAUGAGACUAUAGCACGAAAAAUCUCUGAUUGUAUUGAUUUGUAUUGAUUACAUAUUCAACCUUUCAUUUGUGGUUCUUCUUGCAGAAGUUAUAGUCUUGCUUUAUAAGGUCAGUUCACCUAAAUUUCGAAAAGAGAAACAGAUUUUGUCACUUACCUCUAGUGGCAUCCAGCCAUGCUGAUAGAUUUGGUUUAUGUGGUCAAGUUUUAAGAUGUCCGUUCCAUCUCCUGGCACCUCAUUAAAAGUGAUUGUAAUUUGGGAGAACCCACAUUUUAGGGCUCUCUUUAACAAAAUAGUUCAUUUUAUCUGUAAUGAAUCAGUAAAAACGUCAUAUACCUGUAGAAUAAUGGUAGUAUUGAUUUAUUCGUCCUCAUGGAGAUAGCUUUUCUAUAAAUUACCAGAUAAAGAGAUUCAAAGCCUCCAGCCUAUUUUUACAGAAAUGUUUUUGAGACCUUGUUGGCCAGGAUUUCUGUAAUUAAACUGACAGCCUGUUGCAAACACUUCAACUUUCUAACCUAAGAUUCUGCCCCUGUGUCAUCACACACACAACCUUUAUCCAACAUGAAUUACAUGUCACUUAACUAGUUGUUUAUUACAUGACUUGAAUAUCACCCAUUAUUUACUGUAUAUAUAUAUACUGUAUGUCAAGUGUUUCUACCACCUAAAACUUUCUUAUUUUAUCACCGAUGAUAUGUUGUAUCGCAGUAAUUUUAUGUAUUUCAGCAUUGUUGACUAAAUUGCUGCCAGAGGAGCCUAAUUCAUUUACAGACAGAUAUGUUUUCAUGUUCAACUGCAUUGACUUUACUUUUUUUGCCAUCUGGACUACCUCUGAAACCUAACUAGCCUGGGACAUCUCUGAGGACGUUUUUGGUUAGUUGCACCUAACCUUUUCUGUCAGACCAGCAGGCGAUGUGGAUCAUGAAAUCUUGAAAUAACUGUCAAACUAGUACUGUCGUAGUCCACUCAUCUCAUCUCACUACAUUCAUGUCACCAUAAUGAAUGGAAGUCAGCCUGAAGGGUGCCUGUUAAUUUAACUACAGCUGAGUCAAUGUUUGUUAUUUUACACGAGCUGUGUCAUGGAUAUUUACUCUCUAUAUGGGGACAGUGUUGUUCUGUGAUAUUACUGAUAGUGAUAUAGUUACAUACAGUACUUGAUCCAUUUUCAACUAUUGAAAAGUUGAAGUGUAACUUGAGGAAUCAACUUUUAUGCCUUUACUUUUUAACACCUACAUUUUGUAGUUAUGUUAUUGAUGUGUCCUUAUCCACUUCAUUAAUACAACUCACAAACCUGUGAUAUAUAUUUUGUUAUGAUUCUUUACCAUGUGAUUUGUGUUAUUCUGCUUCUUUAUCGCUUAUCAAUAAAAUAUCACACCUAUCACCUCUCUUUUGUCA